CCCAGGGCUUGUUAGGCUUUUUAUAUUUGGACGGCCUGAACAAGGCCCUGGCCCUGGCUGGUCACGUGACAAAUUUGAUUGGCCGUAAGAACUCGCAUAAUUAAAACGCGUCCCGCGAGUGAUAUUAGAGGCAAAAUUAUGUGGCGAGAAAAAAUCAAAAUUCGAGAACUUUUCGUGGUGAUGGACCGCGGAUUAGCAAUUCAAAAAGUAGCUCUUUAAAAAUGGUGGCUGUUAUUUUGUGGGUGUUGCGUUUGGUUUGGUUUUUGAUGUUGUUCUACUAGCUAAAUGUAGCUAGAUUCAAAAUUUUGGAAAAACAUUAUUUUUGAUAUGGAACUGCAACAGUUCUGAAAGUAUUUUACCAGAAAGAAGAUUAACAAUAACUGGUUGAAAGCAGGUUUGAGCAUCUUGUGUUGCUAAAAACUCACACUGUUAAAUGAACUGAAGAAGGAACGAACUUCACAAGCGAUCAAAACUGUCAUACAUAUAUAGCUAGCUAUAUGUAACAUAAUGUUUAGCUAUGGAAAAGUAAGUGCAUAUCAUCUUGUGUGCUAGGGUAGACUUAAAAAUUCUUAUUAAUAUUUAAUAUUUUGCUUUAUGAUUUCUUGUUCCUGCAUUGAAUAUGGGUAGGCCUCGUAUCCUACACAGGAACCUUAGGCUAUGUACCAUUUUGUGUUCUGUUAAAGUAUUACUUUGUAAUUUGUGUUCUCACUGUACUUUCAACAUUCAUCAUUAUUGUAUGAUAUUCUUGUGUAUGGACAAUAUAUACAAAUCCUUGUCAGUAAAACCCUUACAGUAGUUUUGUUUGUUCUGUUGUAAUAUUUCUAAUUCUUAAAUUUUCAGAAAAUGGAGAAUGCAAACAUAGCAUGGCAGCAGCUGUAACACCAAAGAAGUUUUAUCCAAGAAAAAAUGUUUCGCAACAGGGAGUGUGUAGAUUAUGUGGAAAAUUCACUCAGCAGAGACACCUAAUCAAAAUUUUUUCUAAAAUUGGAUUGGCAAAAAAUCUUGCUUCAAAAGUGCAUGAAGUGUGUGGCAUAGGUAUCAACGAGCAUGACUGUAUAACGAAAGUCGUUUGCCGAACAUGCGAAUCUUUUAUUACCAAGGUUGACGAGUACAGGAACUCUUGUCACAACGUCCAAGGUGAACUUAAUCGAAACAUGUCUGUCAAGAGAAUGCUGCUACCAGAAGAUUGUAACACAAUCACAAGCAAAAAUGAACCUUCUCGUAAGAAAUUAUUUGAUUUAACAAACGUACAAAGUGCGGAUAACAUUGAUAAAGAGAAUAUUGAAUCAAGUGACAGUAUUUUGAAAAAAUUGAACAAUGUUUUUGGCACAAAAGAAGUACCCUUUAUUGGGAAAUUAAUGUGGGAGACACCUGGUUUUAAAGAUGUUUUUGUCAAAUUAUUACUCUCUGAUCUGAAUAUGGCAUGUAAAAGUCUAUGCAGGAGAGAUGAAAAUGGUUCAACUUUACUUAACAAUACCUAUGAUGGACUUUCAAAUUUGCAGAUCAAAAAUAUCAAAACUGAGAUGUUGAAAAUCCCCUAUUUUGUCGAUAUUCUGGAAACAAUUGCUGGUGAUAUUGAAAACAGGCAGAGUGAAAUAAAAUAUGCUUUCAUUUACUCAAUUCUGAUGCAGUCACGUUGGCACGAACUAAGUUUAUUUCAAAGAAUUAACACCACUCUUUUAAUAGAAGGUGGUUGCAGUAAACAGUUGCAGAUACGGUUUCAAAGAUUAGGUGUUUGCUUGUGCCCGAGCAGAAGAGAGGUUUUAUUGGAUUUGAUUGGUGGUCAUUUUCGUGAUGGUGUCAUUGAUAAAGUUAAAGGUGGAGCUGUGUUUCGAGGGACAGGAGAUAAUUGGGACAUAAGAAUUCUCAAAGGUCAUAUGCAUAAAAACAAUCAAAAUAAAGAUCUCCAUCUAUUUGCCACAAAUUUGAUUGAAAACCGUCUAUCAUUUGACCAUCUCGAUAAUGACAAUCCAAAACGUGAUAUUGCAUUAUUACCACUGAGUACAUUUUCAUUAAACAUUGCAGAGUGGAGGGAAUAUAUCAGAACUUCAAAAAUUUUGGUUGGGCGUAUUUUGUUAGAUUUUUUCCCAAAGUUCAAAUUUCUGAAAUCAUUUGUUCCACAACACAUUGAUCAUCAAUAUAGCCACGAAAUGGGGGAACGGUCAUUCAUUGCAUCUAUGCCUAUCAUUAAUGCAAAUGAAGCACACUAUGCUGAUUGUGUAAAGAUACUUCGAACGUACGAAAAAUGGAUCGCAGAAAUUUACCAUGAAACAGGCAUGUUGCAAAACAUGCCAAACCUUGAUGAUGGACCACUUCUUGAAACCUUCCAAGCCAACCCUGGUCAGAAAUUUGCACACAUCAAUUUUACAGAUUCUGAUCCCAUGAAAGAAAUGAAAAUUGUGUUUGGUGGCGAUCAAUUAACACGUGUAAGAUUUGCUGGUGCAAAAGAUUUACUAGCUGGUGCACAUACUCCUAGCCAUCGAUUUGAACACUGCUCUCCUUUUAAACCAGUAAUGUGGCAUACCAAAGCAGCUCUUUUGCAAUAUUCAUACCACCUCUUGCAUAAACCUGAAUCCAUUGCUGAGAAUGGAACGAUAAAGUAUUUUAGGGAGAAGCUUCGUCGAAAAAAUGUUACUCCUGCUAAAGUACUCGAUUCUUUUGAUGGUUGUGAGGAAUUAUUUAUCAGUCUUGGACGUGCAUAUAUUGUUGUUGCACUGAUGAAGUUUUUUGGAAUGGAAAGUUUGGAGGAUAAACCAUCUGUUUACCCUUUCCCUACUAACUUUGUUCAUAAAUCUGAUGCUGAGAAAGACGCGUAUAUGAAUAACAUAUUGACAAAGUUUUUAGAUGAAUACUUGCUGCAGAAAUCCCCACCAAGAGAUGGUGAUGAUUUUGUUGAAAAUUAUGGUUUUUGCGUAAUAUUUCUUACGAUUCUGGUUCUGCAACUCAAGGAUGCAGCAAAAGAAGGUGAUGGAAACCGUACUCUUAUCAACCAAAAGAUGCUUUUAAAUGUGUUUAAAUCUUUAGGUUGUUACAGCAAAUAUGCUCUGGAAAUGUUUGUCAGCAUUGCUCAAGUUGAGUGUUUACUGACACCACGAUUAUCUGAGGAGUUUAAGUGGGGGAAUUUUGUCAACUGGCGUGGCGGUAAGGGGAAAAAUAUUGAAGACGACCUUGCUCAGGAGAUUGUGAAUAAAGUUUCCAAAAAUAUAGUUCAGAGAAUGGGUCCUAACAAGACAAUAUCAUCUAUUACUAAAAUUACUAAAGCUGCUAAUGGAAUUAAAGAAAUCCUGGAAAAUUAUGACAAAAAUGCUAGUAUACACAGAUCCUCUACACAACAUAGCACCAGUGAUGCUUUUGAAGAUGAGAAUGAAAUGAUAUUAGAUCUUCUCGAACUAAAACCUUUUCACCAUUCAUCAGGUCGUUUCCAUAACAGUUUCCCAGCUAUAAAAAGGUCACCUUUGCGCUAUAUGAACGUGACAGAUUUUCACAAUUGGUUGAAAAAACACAGAGAUGAACUAUUUGAUGGACCAGAGUUCUUUUCUAAGUUUGAUGGACCAGAGUUCUUUUCUAAGUUUGAUGGACCAGAGACAUAA